ACGUACCUCUUGCAAGUUCUUUCUGCUCACCAUGCGCCCAGCCACUGACCCAGAUACCGUGGGAAGAAAGAGCACACUGCCGUCCAUCACCCAGCGGGGCAGGUGUCAGGACCCUGAGAAGCCUCCCCAGCUUUCUGAGGAUGAUAUCCGGCUAAAAAACCAGCGAGACAAAGGCAGUGCCAACCCCUCGGAGCCUGCAACCAGCUCCCUUCCCCCAGAUCACAAAAACAUGGAAAUUGAGGUCUCUGUUGCGGAAUGUAAAAGUGUUCCCGGAAUCACCUGUACCCCACAUUCCAUGGACCACUCCUCCCCUUUCUACUCACCCCCCCACAAUGGCCUCCUGGGUGAUCACCAUGAAGCUCUGGAUAAGGAUGUGGCCAGAGAGAUCCGCUAUCUAGACGAGGUGCUGGAGGCCAGCUGCUGUGAUUCUGCUGUGGACGGAACUUACAACGGUACAUCGUCCCCGGAGCCGGGUGCAGCCAUCGUGGGGGGUGGCCCAAGCCCACCCGGCCACGCAGCCGUCCAGCCGGACCCCCCAGAGAGGGCAGCAGGUAGACAGGCCCCUCCUCACACUGAGCUCAGUACCAGCUACUCUGAGGCCAUGGCAGAGGGCGGAAAAGCCAAUGGCCACUCCCCCGCCCAGCCCCGAGAUCUGCUGGGGGACAGCCUGCAGGCCCCCGCGAGCCCCAGCUCCUCCACCAGCUCGCGGUGCUCGGGCCGCGACGGGGAGCUCACGCUCACCACGCUGAAGAAGGCGGCCAAGUUUGAGCUGCGUGCCUUCCACGAGGACAAGAAGCCCUCCAAGCUCUUUGAGGACGACGAGAAUGAGAAGGAACAGUACUGUGUCAGGAAAGUGAGGCCUUCGGAAGAGAUGCUGGAGCUGGAAAAGGAAAGGAGAGAGCUCAUCCGGAGUCAGGCGGUGAAGAAGAAUCCUGGCAUUGCGGCAAAAUGGUGGAAUCCUCCCCAGGCCAAAACCACGGAGGAGCAGCUGGACGAGGAGUCUCUGGAGUCGCACAAGAAGUACAAGGAGCGCAAGGAGAGAAGAGCGCAGCGGGAGCAAGGGCCGACGCCGCGGCAGCCCCUCCCCCCGCAGCUGUGCGCGGCCCCUGCCGCCGCGAGCGAGCACGCCGGCGCGAGCGAGCACGCAAAGGAGGACAUCGUCACCGAGCAGAUAGACUUCUCCGCCGCGCGCAAGCAGUUCCAGCUCAUGGAGAGUUCCAGGCCAACAGUGGCCAAGGGCCAGAGUACACCCAGGCUCUUCUCUAUCAAGCCCUUUUACAGGCCUCUAGGGUCAGUCAACUCAGACAAGCCACCGACCAUCUCGAGACCAGCUUCCAUCGGGGGGCCACCGGAAGACGGGGGUGCAUCAACGGCCAAGGGGCAGAAAGCCAGCUGUGCCCUGGAGAGCCAGUCUUCGGGGGGAAGCCAGGGCAGCACGGCUCCUCAGGGGAAGGAAGGGCCCUACAAUGAGACUUCCAAACGCGGGCCCUUAUCCAAACUGUGGGCAGAGGACGGGGAGUUUACCAGUGCCCGGGCCGUCCUCACUGUGGUCAAGGAUGACGACCCUGGGAUCUUGGAUCAGUUUUCCAGGUCAGUCAAUGUCUCUCUGACCCAAGAGGAGCUUGACUCUGGUUUGGAUGAACUGUCAGUGAGGUCCCAGGAUACCACUGUCCUGGAGACCCUGUCCAAUGAUUUUAGCAUGGACAACAUCAGUGACAGCGGGGCAUCCAAUGAGACCACCAAUGCCCUCCAGGAAAACUCACUGGCCGAUUUUUCUCUGCCCCAGACUCCGCAAACUGACAACCCUUCCGAGGGCCGGGCAGAAGGCGUCUCCAAGUCAUUUAGUGAUCACGGUUUCUAUUCCCCUUCGUCCACACUGGGAGACUCGCCCUCGGUUGAUGACCCCUUGGAAUAUCAGGCUGGUCUCCUGGUGCAGAAUGCCAUUCAACAAGCCAUAGCCGAGCAAGUGGAUAGAGCCGUGUCCGAAACCAGCCAGGGUGGGACAGAGCAGCAGGGACCUGGAGCAACUCUAGAGGAAGCCGGAACUGGGGCUCCCGGCUCAGAGAAGCCUCAGAGCACAUUUGAGCCACCCCAGGUGUCCUCUCCUGUUCAGGAGAAAAGGGAGGUGUUACCAAAGAUUCUGCCUGCCGAAGACAGGGCACUCAGGGAAAGGGGGCCCUCCCAGCCGACGCCUGCAGUGCAGCCCAGUGGCCCGGUAAACAUGGAGGAGACCAGGCCCGAAGGGAGCUAUUUCAGCAAGUACUCGGAGGCAGCUGAGCUGAGAAGCACAGCCUCGCUCCUGGCCACUCAGGAGUCCGAUGUGAUGGUUGGACCCUUCAAGCUGAGGUCCAGGAAGCAGCGGACUUUGUCCAUGAUCGAGGAAGAGAUCCGAGCAGCCCAGGAAAGGGAAGAGGAGCUGAAGAGGCAGAGACAAGUCUUGCAGAGUACCCAGAGCCCCAGGGCAAAGAACGCCCCGUCGCUGCCCUCCCGAACAUCAUGCUACAAAACCGCGCCAGGUAAGCCAACCGCGCGCCAAAGACAGAUGCUGUGGACAGAAAGGGUGACUCCAGCUUACGUGAGUCUUUGUGGAGCCUCCUCUGUGUGUGGCUAG